GAUGGUGUCAAACAGGAAUGUGAACAGAGCCUCUUGGCAGUGAUGAUGGUGGGAGUCAAAGGCAGCUGCAGCAGGUCACGUGACUCCACAGAGGGGAGGAGGAGGAGGAGGAGAGUCAGAGGUUCCAUCCAGACCACAAACCUCAGAACCCACCAUGCCGUGCGGUCUGCUCGCUCUGUGCCGUUAUGAGACUAACAAGGUGAUCCAGAUCCACAGCCCCCGGCUCGGUUCGCUCAAAUGGACCCUGAACGGACUCAUUCUGCUCUUCAUCUGCUUUAUGAUGCUGUGGAACAGAAAGUACCAGGAGACAGAGCUGGUUGUGAGCUCUGUCACCACCAAGGUGAAGGGUGUGGCCCUGACUAACCUGGCUGGACUGGGGGACCUGGUUUGGGAUGUGGUGGACUACAGUGGGCCCAUACAGGAGAAAAACUCCUUCUUUGUGGUGACAAAUGCCAUUAUGACAAAGAACCAGAAACAAGGAAAGUGCCCAGAGGUUCCUCCUUAUGGCAGACCGUGUCGUACUGAUAAGGACUGUGAAACAGGAUCCUGGAACCAACACAGUCAUGGGAUUCAGACGGGAGCUUGUGUGAAGUUUGAUGCAAUGAAGAAAUUCUGUGAGGUUUCAGCUUGGUGUCCAAUAGAAAGAGAGACAAAGUCUCCGAGGCCCGCUCUGCUCGCAGCAGCUGAGAACUUCACGGUGCUCAUCAAAAACAACAUCCGAUUUCCUGCGUUUAAUUAUAUCCGGAGGAAUAUUCUCCCUGAGAUGAACGAGGCCUAUCUGAAGAGCUGUCAGAGAGUCAACGACUCCCUGUGUCCCAUCUUCAGACUGGGAGAUGUGGUGCGAGCGGCUGGAGAAAACUUCUCAGAAAUGGCUCUAGAGGGAGGUGUUAUUGGCAUCCAGAUCAAAUGGGACUGCAACCUGGACUGGCUGAUGCACCGAUGUUUGCCCAAAUACUCCUUCAGACGGCUGGAUGAGAAAGAGAGCAACAGGACUCUGUACCCCGGCCUCAACUUCAGAUACGCAAAGUACCACACAGAGAACGGAGUGGAGAAACGGACGCUGUACAAAGCGUUUGGGAUCAGGUUUGAUGUCAUGGUCUUUGGACAGGCUGGCAGGUUCAACUUCAUUCAGCUGAUCAUCUACAUUGGCUCCACGCUGUCAUAUUACGCUCUGACGACUGUUCUGAUUGAUUGGCUGAUCGGAACCAGCUGCUACUCCGCUGAGGUUGGCCAGAACUACUCUAAGAGGAAAGUGGAACUGGUUCAGGAUAAACACAAGUGCGUCCUCUGUGUGUCCUACGUGGACGAGAACAACAUCCGACUAGUGAAGAAUUCACAGAAGAAAAGUUUACAAGAUGUGAAGCCGAUGUCUGUGCAGCCACGGAAGGAUGAGGCGGGACACCUGAUGGUUGUGCUGUGUCUGCUGCAGCCUGAUGUCAGCCUGGAUCCUGACCACCAGGCUGCUUCCAUCCCAAAGUCAAGCCCAGACCCCAGACGUGCCUGUCCAGCCUGGUGCCAGUGUGAGUGCUGCUUCCCCUCCGCUCAUCCACAGGAGGAGCUGUGCUGCCGCCAGAGUCGGGGCAAAUGCAUCACCACGUCAGCUGUGUUUGAGCAGCUCGUGCUGCGUCGCCCCCUCCUGGAGAUCACACUUCUGUGCCAGAACCCUCUGUCUUCACCAUCCCUGCAGGGUCAAACUGCAGCUCUGCGUCACUGUGCCUACAAACGGUACAUCAGCUGGAGAUUUGGGGUCCUGCCCGGCUACGCCCACCCGGUCAUCCCCAGCUGCUGCGUGUGGAGAAUCCGGGAGGACUAUCCGAGUCCGGAUGGGCAGUACAGCGGUUUCGGGCCCCAGGUGGUGUCCAUGCAGACCUGUGCAAACGGAGAGCUGUGAGGGGAGAAUGUCUCAGCACGAUGUUGAAUUAAACUGGUCACUUAACAGGAAGGUGUGAGGGUGAAGAAUGUCCCGUUUACUCAUUAUGCAUGUUUAUUUUUUACUCUGUGAUGUCAUCAGUUCAGCUGAUUGUGCACACUUUUGGAUGUUGUUGAUUUGUUUCAUGUGAUGGGCAAUGAGCAGAGAUAGAGACUUAACUUAUGGGGGAAAAGGCGCAGUACCUGGACACACACAUGGGGGCGCCAUUCCCCUUCAUCUGAAUCAUGGUACAAAAGGACACUUUUUCAGGACCAACUUUAUGAAUCAGUUAUAAACACAUUUACAAACCAUGAAAUGUAAAAUUAGAGUAGCACUCAUUCUUAAUGCACCUAUUGAAAUCUUCACAGUUGGUGAAUCUUUUAGCUGCAUCAUCUGAUUGACAUUCUGCAGUGUAAUGAUGCGCUCGCUCCACAAUAUGAUACAAAUCAUGAUACACCUGUCAUGAUUCAAUACAUAAUUAUAUCACCAUUCACACUAAUUACAUAGGAAAUAAUCUGGUGAAUGUUUAACAAUGAAAGAAAGCAUUCUGAAGUACAAAUUGCAAUUGAUGCUAUCUGUGUCUUGUUUAUAUAUUUCAUAAAUCAUUUAUGAUUCUUCUACAAGAGGCUGUUAUUUCUUUCAUGCAGUUGACUUAAAAUAGAUUCUAUACAGACUUCAAAAUAUGAUUAUCACAAUACAUUGUCACGUGUAUAUAAUGUCUUCUAAAGAGUCAAAUCUGAAUCCCUUUGUGGUUACAUGCCCUUGGUUCAAGUUGGGUCCAAAAGUAUUUGGAUACUGACAGUUUUUUUUAUUUUGCCUCUGCACUCCACCACAAUAGAAUUGAAAUAAAAACAAUUGGUGGUCUUUUAGUGUCCACUUUCAGCUUUAAUUCAAGGAGUUUCCCCCAAAUAUUGCAGUAAUCAGUUGGGAAUUAAAGCCAUUUUCAGGGACCAUAAAAAAUUGGACAAAUGAUUUAUUGUGAAUACACACAUUGCUUUCAAAAGCAGUUUUCUUUAGAUCAUGUCA